AUGCCUUCCACAACUGAGCCUCCUACCCAGCCAUACCCGGCCUAUUUCAUCGGCCACGCCGGGGUGGGGUUACUGUUUAAUGAGUCCUUGAACAACAAAUCUGUUCAGGCCAACCUGAGAGAAAUCGGAAAGGAGAUCCUGUCUUUGUCCCCGCGACCGAAGGCGAUUGUGGUCUUCAGCGGUCAUUUUGAAGCGGGCGAGAUUCAUGGGCCGGGAGUUAUCGAGGCAAAGCACGACUUCGUCAACGACUUUCACGACACGCGACCAUCAGUCUACGAAUACGACUGGAAGCACCACGACGCCCCCGAACUAGCCGUGCAAGUUUGGGAGCAUCUCGUCAAAGGCGGGAUCAAAGCAAAGCGCGUCGAGCGCGGAGUGGAUCACGGCGUCUGGGUUCCUUUCAAGGUCAUGUUCCCCGAAGAGACGCCGCUCGAUGUUCCUGUUAUCCAGGUGUCGACGUUUCAUGGGUACGAUCUGGCGAGUCAGAUUCGACUGGGGGAGGUUGUGGGGGCGUUGCGCCAUGAAGGGUAUGUCAUCCUCGGCUCCGGUAUGGCGGUGCACUCGUUCGCCUCGAUCGAUGAAAUCAGAAGCGCACCGACAGAGGAGGAGCGCGAAGCCACGCGGGCAAAAGUCCUGGCCGAGUCAAGAGCAUUCGACACGCAUCUACGUGAGGCAGUAACGAAGAGAAGCGUAGAGGAAAGGAAGGAGGCUCUACUAAAGCUAGAAGAGCUGUAUGAGUUCAAGCGCUCUCAUCCAACCGUCGAGCACUUUACGCCUCUUUUGGUUGCUGCUGGAGCGGCGGGUGAUGCGGAGGUUGAGCCCCUCGGCGUGGAUAUCGUGGAACCAGGCAUGUCGUAUCUGAAUUUACGGUUCGCCUGA